AAUCCACAAUUCUUCAACGCGCUUAUCAAUCGACUAUAUUAUUGAUUGGAUACGUAACGUUCUCACUAAUAAAAUCUAGUCUAUUAAUUGGAUAACGAUGUGCGAGUUGAAGUUUUCUUGUGCGUUUCUCGUAACUGCGUUAAUUUGUCUAGUUUCCGUCGAAUGUGAAAAUCCAGAAAAUCCCCUGGGUAAAUAUCUCUACGAGGAUCUGAAAUGUUUCGCCAACUUGGACGCCUCCACAAACCAACCGACUUACUACAAAUGUGACGUCAGUUCUAGGGAAAAUUGCAUUUUCGAAGGAAAAAAAUUGUCGGUUGGCGAAGAGAUCAAGGACAACGGUACCGAUUACUACUGCAGAUCCCACUGUUCUUGCAACGAAGAUGGAACCUUCGAUUGCGCCGAAGACGACUGCGAUGAAGUGAAAAUAGACGGUUGUCGUUAUAAGGACUCGCUGACUCAGUGCUGCACAGUGUUGGAUUGUGAACCGCCCAAGUCGAACUGUACCUACAACGGAAAAACCUACGAAGAAGGCAGAACUUUCCAUCCAGAAAACACGUGCCAAACGUGCCUGUGUCAAGAGGGCUUCUCUGGAAAAAUUGAGCAGCCCUAUUGCAUGAAGAGGAGAUGUUUAGAGCAGAUUUUCCACAUGGAAAAGCUGAUACGAAAAUGUGCCGCCGUUUAUUUCCUCGAAGACCUUUGUUGCCCAGCUACCUGGGUAUGCGAUAAAGGGCAGAAGAUUGAAAUAAUCAACGCAACCAACAAAACAAAAUUAUCGUGCGACUUUGGAGAAAAAAAGAUUGCAUUAGGACAUGGUUUCGAAACCACAGUCAGGCCUUACUCGAAGAUUAUCAAAGUUAGAUGCGAGUGUACCUUACCACCAUUCAUAACCUGUUUGGAGCUACCAGGCCAAAAAUGAUGAAGCUUGCUAUCGUUGUCAUAUAGUCGACUCAAGAAAUAAAAUGAUUUUCUUCAA